AUGAUCUCCAAACUACAGGUGAGUGAGUGAUUGAUAAAGCAGCACCACUGUGACACCUGGUGGCGAUUGACACAAACUGCAGCUGUGAUUCAGUCUGAGAUUUGAAUUCAGAUCAUUUCUGUGAUUUUCCUCACGUGUUAAAUCCUGAUUGGUCCCAGUCAGUCACUGAUUGCACAAGUGUGUUAAGAGGGAAUUGAUGUGAAAUCUUUCAGAGUACAGACAGUGAAACAUUCCUCUGCAACAUUUGAGCUGUUGACUUUGGAAAAGCCCCGUCUGCUGUUUCACGGCCAAUCUCUUUAAUUUUUGACUUGACUCAGAUUUCUGCCCCUUAAAAACUACAUUUGACAUCAAAAUGAAUUCGACUUAAAUUUAAUAGAAGAAAAACUUAAAAGGUGCACCAUAAAUACCGAAUGUAACGUUCCAACCACAUUAACUGUCAGUAUUUCUAGUUAUGUAAUAUUUGAUAUGUUUGCUUUGCUCCGUCGUCAGUUAAAUGAAGAAGAACUUUAUUUAUCCCUGAAGGCAAAUUGAAUAAUACAGACAAAAAAGAUAGACUUUCACAUUGUUAGAUUCUGUUUUGAGCUGAUUUUCAGUUUGAUUCUGUGUUUUCAGGAGCGGGAUGGAGGGUCGGUGAGGAGCUGCGGUCUCUGCCAGCAGCCAUCUUACAUCAGGGAGGGACAAGAGGACGGACCGCAGGUGGAAUCAGACUCUUUUUCUUUCUGUCUUUUCUUUCUGAAGUUUUCGGGGUGCAGCGGGCGACCCUGCACAGGCUGCUCUGCAUCUCUUCGUCACAGGUUCGAUCCCACCAACGUGUCUUUGAACCUGAACCCUUCUGCCCUGACGAGUUUAAAACCCUUUAGCGCCACUUUGAAGCAUUUAUCGUCACAGACGCAGAGAAAACUCUGA